CGUAAGUUUAAACCUACGAAAUUGCCCCGAAGAAACUAACUCACCCUCUCUCUCUCCCUGCCAAAAAGAGGCGCUUUUGCUCCUCCUCCCCAUUACUUUAUUAUUUGCUCUCUCACUUUCUUUCUCAAACUGUAGCGUUUGUAAGACCUCUCUCUCUCUCUCUCUCUCUCUCUCUCUCUCUGCCUCGCUCGCUGCAAUGGCUGCGCUACGGCUUGUGGGUUUUGCCUUGGUUUUUGCCAUUUUGAGCUUUGGAGGGAAAUGGGUGGGAGCCCAAGUUCACCAUGUCGUCGGAGGAGACCGUGGUUGGGACCCUUCAACCGACGUCGCUUCUUGGUCCUCCGGCAAAACCUUUAGAGUCGGAGACAAAAUCUGGUUCACAUACUCCGCAGCGCAGGGUGGAAUAGCUGAGUUGAAAAGCAGGGAGGAAUACGAGGCGUGCGACGUGAGCAAUCCAAUCAGAAUGUAUACGGACGGUUUGGAUAGCAUCUCACUGGAAGCUGAAGGAUUACGCUUCUUCGCCAGCAGCGAUACAGACAAGUGCAAGAAUGGCCUGAGGGUGCAUGUGGAGGUACUACCUGAGGCUGAGGCUCAGCAGAAGCAGGUUGAAACAAAAACCCCCAUGGUGGAAGUAUCAAUGGUCAUGGCUGAUGGACCAGCCACUCCUUCUGGUGCACCCCACCUCACUGGAGCUGCAACUUCCAUUCUCAUUCUGUUCAUAUUUGGGUUGCUUUGUUCUCUUAUGCUCUAGCAAGAGAGUGAGAAAGAGAGAGCCCUAUUGCUAUUCUAUUGCAAUGUAGCAUGUUGUUAUUAACUCUGUUUUUAGUUUAUUAGGAGUCUCUUAAGUGACUAGUUUCCUGGGAAUGAUAUAUCAAUGCCCCUGUUAAUGUGUUUUAAAUGAAUUUCAAUUCUGCUUUUCGAUCUAAAGAUUAAAAUUUGUGGUUUUCUGCC